AUGUCUCAUUCUUCGUUGUUUAUUCAUCGUGCCCCCGAAACCAGGAACAACCACUGCUACUUUCCCGAGCAUGUUGAGCCGCCGCGAUCAUAUGCGGACUUGAUGAACGGUACAGCUAUCAAGAGAACAGCUUCUAGCAGCAGUAUUUCAAGUCUGAGGAUGGGCAAUGGGUCUCUGGAUCACCUCUACGUUCCUUCAAUGGCCACCACAAGUGACAAUUGCGGCAGAUUCGUGCCUUAUGCCAACUGGGCAGAUACUCCGUCCUUUGCCUCUGGCAGCGUUGAGUCGCCCUCGGUCUCCUCGUCCUUUGACUUUAACGGCUUGCCAAAGGACGAGCCUUGUUUCGACAGCCUACUUUUCAACGCAGCUGACCAUAAAACGCCCUCUACCCAAAGCCGUAACCUGCAAUUCGGCGACUCUCACACCUCUGGCCUUGGCCAGGCAUCCCAGUGGACUCCCUGGACUAACGAGCCCGAGCUCUCAAGUCAGUCAUAUUUCCUUGACAAUCCAACCGAGGUACAAAACUGGUCAAACCCACGUCCUUUGACAAACCCAAGUCCGGUUCCCUUCUUUGGAUUAUCCUACCCAGUGCCGACAUUCUCAACUAUCCCAGGAGGGCAAACCGGCAUGCUCAUAGCCGAACUCCCAACGUCCAACGACCACACACAACCUCGCCCUCACUCUCACUCUCAGCCCACAGUUCUGCCCCCAGCUCAAAUCAGAGAGCUAUUUCAAAGCGAACACCCCUCCCCAACGUCCUCUUCAGGCUCCAUAAAAACGAGUCUACACUACAGCGACUCCCGCGACGCCCUCCUAAUCGAAUGGAAACGCCGUGGUCUCUCCUACAAAGACAUAAAGCACAUUGGGGGAUUCAAAGAAGCGGAGUCGACCCUUCGAGGCCGGUUCCGCACGCUUACGAAGGCGAAGGAGCAGCGGGUUCGGAAGCCGAAAUGGACUGAGACAGAUAUCCAACUCCUCAUCGAAGCGGUCUCCAACUACUCUGAGUCAGGGUUGAGUGUGUCUGGAAGUCCGCCCAAGGUUUCUUGGAAGAAGGUGGCGCAGCAUAUCUGGGCUCAUGGGGGGAGUUAUCAGUUUGGUAAUGCGACUUGUAAGAAGAAGUGGUGCGAGAUUCACAAUUUGAAGGCUUGA